GUGCGGCGCGGCGCUUCCUCCCGCUCCCCGCCCGUCGCUUCCGCGCGUUGCGGCCGCGGCCGCUCCCCGUCCUCCCGCCUGGGGCCGUGCUGGGCGGCGGCUGCGGCGGGGCCCGCGCCAUGGCGGCGGAGCGGGGGGGCUGCUCCCUGGACGCGGUGCCGCUGCCACCCGAGGUGCGCGAGAGCCUGGCGGAGCUGGAGCUGGAGCUGUCGGAAGGAGACAUCACUCAGAAAGGGUAUGAAAAGAAAAGAGCAAAGCUGUUAGCACGGUACAUACCACUAAUUCAAGGUGUGGAUCCAUCCCUGCAAGCAGAGAACAGAGUGCCAGGCACCUCGCAAGCUACUGCUGCUGUGUCUAAACAGCAGAAAUCACGUUCUACUAACUCAAGGGAUGAGCGCUUCCGAUCUGAUGUCCAUACUGAAGCAGUACAAGCAGCUCUUGCGAAAUACAAAGAGAGAAAAAUGCCCAUGCCUUCCAAGAGACGGUCUGUUCUUGUGCACUCUUCAGUAGAAACAUACACACCUCCAGACACAUCGUCAGCAUCAGAAGAUGAGGGCUCGUUACGUCGGCAAGGGCGGAUCACCUCCACUCCGUUCCAGAGCCAUUCCAACGUAGAGCCCUGGCUUAACCGUGUUAUUCAGGGCUCGUCCACCUCAUCCUCUGCAUCCUCCACCUCAUCUCAUCCAGGAGGGAAACCUGCUGCUGCUUCCAAUACUGCUACUGCCACCGCUGCUGCCACUGUGCUUGCAGAUCUCAUGGCACACACCCAGCUAGAUAAUCACUCUGCACCUCCUGAUGUAACCACUGGUCUGGUGGAACACUUGCAUCAUGAGCGACCACAACUAGCAUCAGUACGAGGAGUUCCCAGAGGCUACAACAGCAGCAUUUUGGAAACUGCAGAUGGUGUCCCAGUGAAUAGCAGGGUGUCCUCUAAAAUCCAGCAGCUUCUAAAUACCUUGAAAAGACCAAAGCGCCCACCUUUGAAAGAGUUUUUUGUUGAUGAUUUUGAAGAACUGCUAGAAGUGCAACAGCCUGACCCAAAUCAACCAAAGCCUGAAGGAAAUCAGAUGAGCAUUCUUAAAGGUGAACCUUUAGGUGUGGUAACCAACUGGCCACCUUCUCUGCUGGCUGCCCUGCAGCGCUGGGGAACUACGCAGCCAAAAUCCCCGUGUCUGACUGCUUUGGAUACAACUGGGAAAGCUAUUUAUACACUUACCUACGGCAAACUGUGGAGUCGGAGCUUGAAGUUAGCAUAUACCCUGCUAAACAAGCUAACCACUAGGAAUGAACCACUGCUGAAGCCUGGAGACCGGGUAGCUCUUGUAUUUCCUAAUAGUGAUCCAGUUAUGUUUAUGGUGGCUUUUUAUGGAUGUCUCCUGGCAGAACUUAUUCCUGUCCCAAUAGAAGUUCCACUAACCAGAAAGGAUGCAGGCAGCCAGCAAAUUGGAUUUCUUUUGGGCAGUUGUGGAGUAACACUAGCUUUAACCACUGAUGCUUGUCAAAAAGGCCUUCCUAAAGCUCAGACUGGUGAGGUAGUUACGUUCAAAGGUUGGCCUCGUCUCAUUUGGUUUGUGAUUGAUGGGAAACAUCUGGCAAAACCAGCUAAGGACUGGCAUCCGCAAGUACGGGAUGCCAGUGCUGAGAUUGCUUAUAUUGAGUACAAAACAAGUAAAGAGGGGAGCACAGUGGGCAUUACUAUAUCUCAUGCUUCCAUGCUGGCACACUGUCAUGCAUUGACUCAGGCAUGUGGCUAUUCAGAAGCUGAAACACUAACAAAUGUCUUGGAUUUCAAAAGAGAUGCUGGCCUUUGGCAUGGAGUACUAACAAGUGUUAUGAACAGGAUGCAUGUCAUCAGUAUUCCCUAUGCGCUAAUGAAGGUUAAUCCACUUUCGUGGAUACAGAAAGUCUGCUCAUACAAAGCCCGUGUCGCAGUAGUAAAAUCACGUGAUAUGCACUGGUCACUUUUGGCUCAGAGGGAUCAGAGAGAUGUCAGUCUAAGCUCUUUACGAAUGUUAAUAGUGGCAGAUGGAGCUAAUCCAUGGUCAAUAUCUUCUUGUGAUGCGUUCCUGAAUGUAUUUCAAUCCAGAGGUUUGAGACCAGAAGUAAUCUGCCCCUGUGCUAGUUCCUCAGAGGCGCUAACUGUUGCUAUUCGCAGACCUCCAGAACUGGGUGGGCCUCCUCCAGGAAAAGCAGUGUUAUCUAUGAAUUGUCUUAGUUUUGGUGUGAUAAGAGUGGAUACAGAAGAAAAGUUGUCCAUUUUAACAGUACAGGAUGUUGGUCAGAUUAUGCCUGGAGCAAAUGUUUGUGUCGUGAAGGUGGAUGGGACUCCUUAUCUGUGUAAAGCUGAUGAGGUUGGAGAAAUAUGUGUGAAUUCAGGUGCAACUGGUAUGGCAUAUUUUGGCCUUCUUGGAAUCACCAAAAAUGUGUUUGAGGCCAUUCCAGUGACAGCCACCGGUGUGCCUGUUUCAGAUCAACCCUUUACAAGAACAGGAUUACUUGGCUUUGUGGGUCCUGACUAUUUGGUGUUUGUGGUAGGAAAAUUGGAUGGCCUAAUGACAGUUAGUGGUCGCAGACAUAAUGCAGAUGAUGUAGUAGCCACAGCAUUAGCAGUAGAACCAAUGAAAUUUGUCUACCGGGGAAGGAUAGCAGUUUUUUCUGUGACCGUUUUGCAUGAUGAUCGAAUAGUGCUUGUGGCAGAGCAGCGCCCUGAUGCAUCAGAGGAGGAUAGUUUUCAGUGGAUGAGCAGGGUUCUACAGGCAAUUGAUAGCAUUCACCAAGUGGGCGUCUACUGUCUUGCCUUGGUGCCAGCCAACACUUUGCCAAAGGCACCACUUGGAGGAAUUCAUGUUUCAGAAACCAAGCAGCGCUUUUUAGAAGGUGCUCUGCACCCUUGUAAUGUCUUGAUGUGUCCACAUACUUGCGUUACUAACCUGCCUAAGCCUCGACAGAAACAACCAGAUGUUGGUCCUGCUUCAAUGAUAGUAGGAAACCUUGUUGCUGGAAAGAGAAUUGCACAAGCCUCGGGGAGAGAUGUUACCCAGUUGGAGGAUAAUGAUCAGGCAAGAAAGUUCCUGUAUUUAGCAGAUGUUCUUCAGUGGCGAGCUCAGACAACUCCAGAUCAUCCCCUCUUCUUGUUGUUGAAUUCCAAGGGCACUGUAACUAGUACUGCAUCAUGCAUACAAUUGCACAAGAGAGCAGAGAGAGUGGCAGUUGCACUGAUGGAGAAAGGACGACUGAAUGUUGGUGACCAUGUAGCCCUAGUUUAUCCUCCAGGCAUAGACUUAAUAGCGACUUUCUAUGGCUGCUUAUAUGCUGGCUGUAUACCUGUCACCGUUCGCCCACCUCAUCCACAGAAUCUUGCUACCACUCUGCCCACUGUCAAAAUGAUUGUAGAGGUCAGUAAGUCUGCAUGUAUACUUACCACACAAGUGAUAAUGAAACUUCUGAAGUCCAAGGAAGCUGCGGCAGCUGUAGAUAUUAAGACUUGGCCCACUAUUUUGGAUACAGAUGAUAUGCCGAAAAAGAAGCUGACUAAUAUUUUCAGACCUGCAUCUCCAGAUAUGUUGGCAUAUUUGGACUUCAGCGUGUCUACUACUGGCAUAUUAGCAGGAGUAAAGAUGUCACAUGCAGCUACAAGUGCCUUAUGUCGUUCUAUAAAGCUACAGUGUGAGCUAUACCCUUCGCGUCAGAUUGCCAUCUGCCUUGACCCUUAUUGCGGUUUGGGAUUUGCACUAUGGUGCUUAUGCAGUGUAUAUUCAGGUCAUCAGUCUAUUCUUGUCCCUCCUCUGGAACUGGAGAGCAAUGUGUCUCUCUGGUUGUCUUCUGUAAGUCAAUACAAAGUGCGUGUCACUUUCUGCUCGUACUCGGUGAUGGAGAUGUGCACCAAAGGGCUUGGAACACAGACUGACAUGCUGCGGAUGAAAGGAGUUAACUUGUCCUGUGUGCGAACAUGCAUGGUGGUUGCAGAGGAGAGACCAAGGAUUACGUUAACACAGUCUUUCUCUAAGUUAUUCAAAGACCUGGGCCUCUCUGCUCGUGCAGUGAGCACUACAUUUGGGUGCAGGGUCAACGUAGCAAUUUGCUUACAGGGAACAGCAGGACCAGAUCCAACAACGGUCUAUGUAGAUAUGAGAGCACUUCGACAUGACAGGGUACGUUUGGUAGAGAGAGGUUCUCCACACAGUCUGCCACUUAUGGAGUCUGGGAAGAUUCUUCCAGGAGUAAAGGUCAUCAUAGCACACACAGAAACCAAGGGACCUCUGGGAGACUCGCAUUUAGGAGAGAUAUGGGUGAGUAGUCCGCAUAAUGCUACUGGUUACUACACAGUGUAUGGAGAAGAAGCACUGCACGCUGAUCACUUUACUGCUCGAUUGAGUUUUGGAGACACUCAGACCAUAUGGGCUCGGACUGGAUACCUUGGCUUUCUGCGCAGAACUGAACUUACUGAUGCUAGUGGAGAGAGGCACGAUGCCCUAUAUGUCGUAGGCUCUUUGGAUGAAACACUGGAGCUCAGAGGAAUGAGGUACCACCCCAUUGAUAUAGAGACAUCUGUAAUAAGAGCACAUAAGAGCAUUGCAGAAUGUGCUGUAUUUACAUGGACCAACUUGCUUGUGGUGGUUGUGGAAUUAGAAGGCUCAGAACAAGAAGCAUUGGACCUGGUUGCAUUGGUAACAAAUGUGGUUCUGGAGGAACAUUACCUCAUAGUAGGUGUUGUAGUCAUUGUGGACCCAGGUGUCAUUCCUAUCAAUUCCCGUGGUGAAAAACAACGAAUGCACUUGAGAGAUGGAUUUUUAGCUGACCAACUGGAUCCUAUUUAUGUUGCCUACAACAUGUGAAACCAGAAAAUCACAAGGCUAAAGCACCAAAAUCUAGGGACUUUCUGAAUAGCAUCUGAAUUCAUUUGUUAUGUUUUUAAAACUGUUGAAAAACUUAGGAAAAUGGAGAUACUAAUCUUCACAGACCUUCACUUUUCAGAUUGCAUUUAAUUUCAUAAAUCCAUUAUAACAGUUAUUGCUGUCUUAGAAUGGAGAAUUUACUGGAAUUCCUGAAGGAAACUUAUGAGAACUAUCAUGGACCAAUGUGUUUUGUUUUGUUUUUUUACAAUAAUUAUGAAUGUCAGUACUUGAUGCACUGCAUAAAGGGACAUAAGGUGGGGUGGGGAGAGUACACCAGCUGUGAGGAGGACUUUUGGAAAUAAUACUGAAAGUUGUGAAAAAACAUUUGGAGUUAACGCUCCAUGAGAUUGUUUGCAAUAUAUUGGUAGUACCUGGGUUGGGACAUAACUUUCAAGAUUGCACACAUCUCUAGCAUAUUCUCCUACUGUACUGAUAGGAAUUCUGCACAUAUUUCAGGUUUAAAAAUGCAGCCUUUUUAUUUUAAAUCACUGAUUCAUCCCUAUUCAGAAGAAACAAGUUCAUUCCAAUUCCAGAUUCAGUCUAACAAGAGUUAUGCUGCUGUUCAGCUUUUUUGUACCAAGCAAAAGCAAAUACUGCAUCUGUAACAAGGUUACAUAUUGUGCCAUGCUAAACUCUGUAAUGCUAUGAACUUUAUAAUAAAAAAUUAAUAUUCAGUUUUAACUACUUGAUGCAGGAGCCUUCACUGCUCUUGCUGUUGUAACUUCAUGCUAAAAGUUGCUUGUUUUCAUAGCAUUAGUUGUUAAUUAUGGCCCUGCAUAACACCAAGUAUUUAAGAACUCAUUCCAAAGCCAAUAGUCUCUGAAUUGUUUGUAGAAAUGUUUACAAAGCAUGAUCUUACAGUAUGUUUUCCAUGAAUAUCCUGUGCUAUAACUUAUGAUAGUAAUUUUUUCCACCAUGGAAAAGAUAUUCAGUGUUAGGUGGAUCUGCUGUGGUACAAGCCUUCAUCUUUUAGUUCAGUGUAGACAGACCUUCUGUUCAAGCUGAAAUGAAAUAGCCAGGUGGUUGAGUCACACUGACUAAAUACAGUUUUGAAAUUUCUGCCUGAUCUAAUACUGCAGUGAACCUAAUUCAGAAAGAGAAUGUGAAGUUAUUCAACUACUUCAUGCGUUUGAAGGUAAGUAAGAGACUAGCAAAUAAUUAUUUUUAUAGAGUUAAUAAGGAGUUUGAGCUACGUUGUUUUUUUGUUUGUUUUUUUUUUAGUAACGCUUGGGUUUGGCAAAAGAGCCAGGUUUUUCUGCAAGGCAAUUUUGCCUGGAUCAGUGCCUAAGAAAGAUGGAUAUCAAUAUCCUGAUAAGAGGAUAUCAAAUGACUCUUGGUCGAAUGAACUAUAAAAUCUUCUACAAAGUGCUUUCAUAUAUAGUAGUUCUUUGCCCUCAUGGUGUUUGACUGUGGUGUAUUAUACAGCUGCAUACCCUACUAUGACUGUAAUUAUGUACAGCAUGUGUGUAACUUAUUGUCUAAGUACAGCAGCCUUUAGCAGUGGACUGUGGGACGCUCCUCGUAACACAACAGCUGGCAAAAAAAGAAGAAAACUACCUAACCCCAAUUUGAAUGUUGUAGUUUUUUAGCAAAUAAAACAUUGUAAGAUUUUUGUAUUGAGAUACUGGUUGACAGUGAGACAAGUUGCCUUGUAAAGUAAGACUUAAAACAAAAAGCAUUAAACAUUUCAAAACAGCUCUUGAAAA